UCAAGCUUUACACUCAAAAAUCCAGGAUUGCCAUCGAGAGCGCAGUCGCAUUGUGAUCUGAAUUUGCGAAUAUUUUUGCGACUUCACCUUUCUUCCAGUUUUGAUUUUGAUUGAAUAUUUGUUAGGACUUUUGGGCAUCAUGGGUGGUGGCGGUCACGGCCCGCCUGGCGUCGGCCAUGAUGUGUGGGGCAACAUGGCGCACUUUCGAGGGGUGAUCACCCAUUCUCUGUCGCCCUUCGAGCAGCGAAUAUUCGCCGGAUGGAUAAGCCAUGGAGUCCCUAAUACUAUUCGCCGUAUCAAAGGACAGUUUUUCCGAAUUGGAAUCCCUUUCUUUAUCGGAUACGCUAUUUACGACUGGGCGGAAACGACUCAUACAAAGUUGGUACGAAAGGAUCCCAAGUUUUACGAGCAUGAGUACGCAGAAUACUUAGCCUCUCCCGAGCAUGCUGAAUACCUCAAGAAGAAAGCCCAAGAAGAAGCUGCAGAACUGAAAUCCAAGAAGAAGUAAAUACGGUUUUUCUUUGCUCCGUGCAAGCUUAUUGUGGAUAACGUAGCAAGGAUGACCAGUGUUAUGUGAACAAUAGUUGGCAUUUGGAUGGCGAUCUUUUUGACUGCCAGUGUGCGUGUGCUUAUUAUAAGGUAUUGUUUGUAAAAAAAGUUAAGUAACGUAUUUAGCGGCAGAAUGUAAUAAAUAACAUUGGCUAAUCAGA